CGCCCCACAUCUUCCGACCGCUCUGUCCAUCCAACAACGCCCAGCAACGAUAAAUUCCAUCACUCGCAUCUCAUUCUCGCUCUCAUCCGUCUUCUCACACCCCCACUUUCAUCCUCACCAUGGCUACCUUUGCUGCCACUGCUGCGCGCAAGUACAUUGCCGCCCACGCAAAGCACUAUGAGCCGGCGGACCCGUACUACGAGGUUAUUACGGACGAGCACGGUAACCAGAGGCGGCGCAAGCGCGACAUCCCCGCGGGCUUGAGCAAGCGCGACGCGAGGGCGCUCCGCAAGAUCCGCAAGCGCGCGCACUACCUUGACAAGGGUAUCAAUCUGUGCGGGUUCCGCGUAGGCUGGACCUUCUUCAUCGGUAUCAUCCCGAUGGUUGGUGACAUUACGGAUGCGACCCUCAACUACAUCCUCGUCGUUAAGCCUGCGCGCAAGCUCGACCUCCCGGCUUCUGUCACCAGCCAGAUGCUCUUCAACAACGCCGUAUCGGCCGGCGUAGGCCUCGUUCCUCUCGUCGGCGACAUCGCGCUCGCCGUGUGGAAGGCGAACUGGCGCAACGCCAACCUUCUCGAGGAGUUCCUCGCCCAGCGCGGCGCCGACAACCUCGCUCAUGCGGCGCAGGGCGCACAUAGCGUUGACGCUGAAGUCGUGCACGAAGCGUUGGCUCAGGACGCCGACGGCAUUCUCGGUAACGUCGACCCUGUGCCCGCCCAUCCCGUCGCUGGGAAGAAGAAGAAGCGCGGAUGGAACCCGUUCGCGUCGCACGAGGACGCGGAGGCGGACGCUGCCGCCGCCGCUCACGCGCAGCAGGUUCAGGUUGCCACUGGCGUCGCGCCUCCGGUGACUGCCGCUUCUCCGCGCCGCUAGCCAGCAUCGCACGUGAUGAGUAUCCGUAGACUGAUUAUCUGUAGACGACAUGUAUGUAGGAAGGCCUAAGAUGUGGCUUGGACUGUGGCCGUGUUUGCUUGAAGAUUGUACUGUUCAUUGUCCAUAAUGCCUUCUCGUCAAACAA